CCAUGAGGAUGAAGAACCGACUCGGUGUGAUGUUCCUCUGUCUGACUUUCAGAACCUCAGCCACCCAGUGUGGACUGGUUCCACAACAGCGUUACCAUCUCCUGUCGGAGUUCAACAACUUGAACAUGACCAACGCUCAGUGCAUCUCCGAACUCAAGCCAAGGACACUACUCACCUGUGCUCGAGCAUGUCUCGACACCAACAACUGCACCAUGUUCAACAUCAACAACAACGACGGCCAAUGUCUGCUCUUCUCGGCGACCUUUCUUUCUGAGAUAAACAGUAGUCCCCUCGAUGGAGCCCGGAUGUAUGGACGUGUCUCGGACACAUGCCCCCUCGCUGACGGCUACGUUACAUUUGACAACCCGACUGCAUGCUACAGACUAUCUCUGGUCAGGAAGACGUGGAUGGAUGCUAAGGCUGAUUGUGAAGGAGAUGGAGGUCACCUGGUUGUUCUGGAAGACGUGGACAAGCAGCAGCAAGUGAUGGAAGCCACUGCCGCCAUCAGGGACACAGAAGCUGUUUUUGUUGGCCUUGGUGACAUUGAUGCGGACGGGAAGUAUGUAUGGGUUGAUGGCAGGGAUCUCGUAAACCCCUUCUGGGAUUCGGGGGAACCAACCCUAUUUGGGAAUAAGCACUGUGCUGUUCUGUAUAACCACGGGCUCCAUGCCUCUAACUGUGACAUACCCUCGUAUUACAUGUGCCAGAUUGACACUACGAUGAUGGUAAAGUGGAAGCCAUUCCUGAUGAUGUUUUCUUCUUGAGAGAUGGUUAUAGUUACAGAGUGGACUGAGAAUCCCAACAGCAGGUUAAGCCCUACGUUUGUGAAG